AUGUCAACAACAGUUAUCAAUCUUUCGGGAAAAGUCGCUCUAAUAACGGGAGCAACAUCUGGUAUUGGAUAUUCAACAGCACAUCUUUUUCACCAACUCGGCGCAACACUUGUUGUGACCGGAAGGAAUACAGAGCGGUUGAAAACGCUCGAAGAACAGUUGCAAGAUGGAAAGAGUCAAGUUUUGGCCAUCACUGCAGAUCUUACGAAGGAAGAAGAAAUCCGGCGGCUCGCUAAAACGACUGUCGAUAAAUUUCACACCCUGGAUAUCUUGGUCAACAAUGCUGGUAUUAUUGGCAAAGGUACGAUUGAAGACACAACGUUGGAGCAAUAUGACCGAAUAAUGUCGACCAAUUUACGCUCAAUGUUUUACUUGACGCAACAGCUCAUUCCACAACUGAUUGCAUCUAAAGGUUCUGUUGUAAAUGUAUCCAGUGUUAACGGGAUAAGAUCGUUUCCUGGUGUCUUGGCAUACAACAUAUCAAAAGCUGGCGUUGAUCAGUUUACGCGGUGUAUUGCGCUUGAAUUAGCACCAAAAGGUGUACGUGUCAAUUCAGUCAAUCCCGGUGUCACGAAGACAGAUCUUCACAGACGUAGUGGUAUGGAUGAAGCAGCUUAUGAAGCUUUUAUCAAGCAUUCCGAAAGUACCCAUGCGCUUGGUCGCGUGGGUAACCCAGAUGAAGUAGCAAAUGCAAUUGCAUUUCUGGCGAGCAGUGCAUCAUCAUUUAUCACCGGAGCAUCAAUUCCAGUUGAUGGUGGUCGUCACGCUAUGUGCCCACGUUAG